UUUUUUCUAAAAACGUCAUAAAAAAACCAUUUGCCGUGAAAAUUCCUCUGAAAACAUUUGCUCUCUAAUCAAUUGUUGGGCCGGUAGCUUUCUGUUAAUCCAAUUAUCCCGUAUUUUCACUUUGUAGUUUGUAACAAGGUCAUCCAACGGCUCUCUCACCCUACGCUGUCAAAAUGCCGCGCUACCUUAAUCCUCACCGUCCAAUUGAAACGUCGGGUAUUUUUCCCGCCAAUUUCUUGUCCGACUCUCUUUAAACCAGUCCAGUGCAGACAAUGCAAUUGCUUCCGAAAACGACGACGACGACGAAGCUCAUUAGAAAUUUCUCAAAAGCCCUCAAACUCUCUGCUACAACGGGCUUUCUUCAAGGCGGGAUUCAAGUACAUGCACAUCUAGUCAAGUUAGGAUUAUAUAACGUGUUGUCUUUGCAAAAUAAGAUUUUGGAUGUUUAUGUCAAAUGCAAAGAAUUCAAAGAUGCGCAUAAACUGUUUGAUGAAAUUACUGUGAGGAAUGUGGUGACAUGGAAUACAGUGAUCUGUGGGCUUGUUAAUUGUGGUAAUAAUUACAAGCCAUGUCUAUACACGGGUUUCUCUUAUUUUAAGAAAAUGUUGCUUGAUGAGGUAGGUUUUGAUCCUAUAACGUUGAAUGUUUUGUUCCGUGCUUGUCUCGAGCUAAAUGGCAUUGAGAUUGGUAGACAAUUGCAUUGCUUAGUAGUGAAAUUAGGCUUUCAGUUGAAUUGUCUAGUCAAUAGUGCUCUUGUUGAUUUGUACGGGAAAUGCGGAUUGGCAACGGAGGCAAGGUGUGUUUUUGAUGACGUAAUGUACAAGGAUUUGGUGUUGUGGAAUGUGAUGUUGUCUUGUUAUGCAUUGAACUCAUUGGCAGAAGAGGCUUUAACAGUUUUUAAAUUAAUGCAACUGGAAAAUUUGAUAGGGGAUGGUUUUACGUUCUCUAGCAUGCUCAACUCAUGUGCAACUCUGGGUUCUUGGGAAUUAGGAAGGCAAAUUCACGGGCUUAUUUGCAAACUGUCUUUUGAUUUAGAUAUUUUAGUGGCUAGUGGAAUUGUUAAUAUGUAUGCAAAGAAUGAAUAUAUAGAAGAUGCUCGCAAGGCUUUUGAUUGCAUGACUGCUAAAAAUGUAGUGUCUUGGAACACUAUGGUUGUGGCUUAUGGGAGGCAGGGAGAUGGGAAAGAGGCCAUGAAACUUCUAAAAGAAAUGUUGCUAGAGGAUUUUGCUCCAGAUGAACUUACUCUAGCUAGCAUCCUUAGUUCAUGUGGCAGUGUAUCAGCUAGUUGUGAAAUUAUGCAGGUACAUGUUUAUGUAGUGAAAUUUGGGCUUCAGUCGUUUCUAUCAAUUGGAAAUGCCAUGAUAAAUGCAUACUCUAAGUGUGGUAGAGCUGCUAGUGCACUUAAAUCCUUUAAUUCAGUUCCAGAGCCUAAUCUUGUUACAUGGACUUCACUUAUCAGUGGUUAUGCAUUCAACAGUCUUCCAAAAGAUGGUAUCAAGAUGUUUGAGAAGAUGUUAUCUGCUGGUGUAAGGCCAGAUCAAAUUGCUUUUUUGGGUGUUCUUUCUGCCUGUAGCCAUGCAGGGUUAAUAAAGGAAGGGCUUCAUUAUUUUAGAUUAAUGAUAAAACAUUAUCGUAUUUUGCCAGACUUAGAACACUUUGCUUGUGUCAUUGACCUUCUUGGUCGAGCUGGUCUUUUGGAUGAGGCUUUUAAUGUCUUGACCUCAAUGCCAAUUGAUUACAGAUCAGACACAUUGGGAGCCUUCAUUGGGGCAUGUAGAAUACACGGGAAUGUGGAAUUAGUUAAAUGGGCUGCACAGAAGCUUUUGGAGUUGGAGCCAAAUAAUCCUGUAAAUUAUGCUAUUUUAUCUGACCUGUAUGCCUAUGAGGGUCAGUGGCAAGAUGUGGCAAGAAUGCGCAAACUGAUGAGGGACAGGUGUGAUCACAAAACUCCAGGUUGCAGCUGGGUGGAGCUUGGCGGUGCUAUACACAUGUUUGUGUCUAGUGAUAGAUGCCACCCUCAAGCUUUAGAAGUGUAUUGCAUGUUAAGCUUAUUACUUUGGCUAAUGACAGAUGAGUAUAAUGUUUCCAAGCUGCAUGCCGUGCAUGGAAAUGUUCUUGAUGAAUGUGCCCUUUAAUUUCUCUGGGUGAUCUGAUGCUUUGACGUGAAAUGAGCACGCCAAGUGGUGAAUUUGCUCGACUUCGGGUGCUGAUUCACUAAAACUCAAUUGAGCCCAAACGGGCUACGUGUUAUUCAUCUAAGAUAUAAUAGAGAGUAUAAAAUCUUUGUUACUUAAACAUCACAUUACUCGUGCUAGAAGUUUCUUUCAUGUGCCAUUUUUUAUGCAUAUUCUCUUAACAUAUGUUAGGUACAGAAAAUAGAACUACCGUUUUAUAAUCACACCCAAGUUAAUUCUGCUUAUCUGUUUCUAUUUCUUGUAAAAUUGGUGUUGAUGGAAGGGGUUUCCUUUCAACUCUGGCAAUCUUUAAUAAACUGCAGAACUCUGUCAUUCUCCACUUCAACUUAAGAAGAUGGAUUAUGUGUGCCUGGUUGCACGUGUAUUCUGAAAUUCACACCAUGUCCAUAGACCACUCGAAGGAAUAUCAAAUAAAUGAAGCAGAGAGCUAUACACUGUGAGUUAGUGUCCUUAUUGCAGAAUUUUCUCUAGAAGGCACGCAUGUUUGAUGUUUCGAAGGCAAUGGAAUGCUGUUGGUGCUUUUUAAAUAAAGAAGAAACAGGGUAAUUGAUUUUUAAUUUUUGAUGUUUAGCCAAGAGGAACCAAACCAGUGGGGCACCGUGAGGGGGCCCUUGUCUGAAACCUGAUAGCCUUCUGUUGUCACACCUGGCGUAGGUGGAGCCUACUAUUCAAUAACUUGUGUUUCUGUAUCCAAUUCCAGUUUGAAGUAGUUUGCAAGAAUUUCUGCCCAACUAACAGUUAAUCUCAUGCGAAGUAAUUGGUGAGGAAACAACCCGGAUUUUGACAAGGUGAGUAUCAGAAUAGACAAGGGAAUAUGGAAAUUGUAACAACAAUAAUGCCUCAGUAAAUGACUAGAUGAGUGCUCAAGUUGACCUCCUCCAACCAUUAUCUAGUAGUAGCGGGAUACUCUUUUGCUCAAUACAUCUCCAAUUCGGACGAGUGGCCCUCAAUUUAGACUUUUCAGGCAAUGAUAUUUUAAUGUACUUUUUAUUUAGAAAUUGGCUCUCAAUUCAUGGAGAGUUACUCUAUAUUUAAUAAAUAUAUUAAAAUUUAUAUA